GACCGGCGUUUCACUAUCUGAUGGGAAAUUUCACCAUUUAUGUGUCACAUGGCAAUCUUCCAAUGGAAAUUUCAACGUCUACGUGAAUGGUACUGUCGCCUUUAGCACCACAGCUAUGAAUGGAAAAGUUCUUCCCGGAGGAGGAUCUUGGGUGAUUGGGCAGGAUCAAGAUUCAGUUGGUGGUGGUUUCGACGCAAACCAGGCAUUCGGUGGUGAAAUCAGUGAAGUUCAUGUUUGGAACAGAGCUCUUUCUCCUGCUGAAAUUGAAGUUCUCGCAUCUUCUUGUGCUCAAGACUUGGUAGGCAACUACGUUGCUUACACUGAUUUUAAGAUUAGAGGAAACGUGCCCACAUUUCAACAUUGUUGCAAAUGA